AAGUGAACGGUACUACUAGAAGACAUUGUUGGCGUUCAGUGUUCUCUCUCUCUCAACAUCGUCUGAAACAAAAAAAAUCAACAAUGUCGCGUAAGGUUUCUAGGAUCAAGAGCAUCAUGGGAUUCUUGGGCUCCAUUCUCUUGAAGUAUUAUGGCAGGAGAGAUUUAUCUUCUCAGGGGAGGAAGGGACUGUUCUGGAGAGCUUUUGUUCAAGCUUCUAAGACAAAUGCAAUAUUUGGUCUUGGAUUCUUCACGCAUGCUGAUUUAUACUCUAAUUCAGAUGAAGCGGAAGAGACUAAGAAGCUUAUGGCUGGGAUGGAUUCUUUGAGCGAGUCAUUGGAGAAGUUAAUGGCUCGGAUUCAAAGAAAAGAUGGCGUUUUUACAUCAAGUGCAACGAGUGUGGUUUUUGCGUUUUCUUUGAAAGAUUUUUCUCAUGUUUCAGUCUAUGUAUGAAACAUGAGAAAAAUCUUUAUGGGUUGCAAGAAACGGUGUUAUUGCAUCUCAAGUUGUCUAGAGGUAAUCAAGAAACGGUGUUAUUGCAUCCAGAGCCGGCGCUGACUAUUUAUGGAAUAGAGAGGCUGGGAAUCAAACCCUGGUGCAGGUCACUGAAAACCUGCUGCUUUACCAUCAGACCAAGAGAACUUUUCAGAAAAACAGGCCGAUUAAUUAUUAUAUUAUCUGACGGCCGCAAGCACCUGCUUGCCCUGCUUGUACUCCUGGCCGGCUCUGAUUGCAUCUCAAGUUGUUUUAUUUUGAAAAGACACACUUUAUGGGUUGAUUUCUAAAUGUCCUGGCUCCACCUGAUUUGCCAUUGUUUCAGUUGGCUGAGAUUCUCUCAAUCAUAAGAAGUCGUUCAAGCAACAUAAGAAAGCCGUUCGAUGAGUCCACUAUGGCUAAAGUGAAGUCCAUCCUAGAGUCACAGAUAGGAUUUGAAAAAAGUGGAGAUCUGAAUCUAAGGCAGCAGCAGCACGUUGAAAAAAGCUAAGAGAAAUUAAUGUGAUAUGGUGCAGAUAAUGAAGGCAGAAUAUGGAAAUAAGUAGCUCAAGAUUGAUGAGUCUGAGUCUCACCUUGUUUAACUCUUUAACUUCUAAUUUUUGUUCGUAAAUUACUAAAUAGUAACUAUUUUAAGUGUUAAACCUUGAAAUAUGUAUCAACCAUUGAGUAACAUUAUCAAUUCAACCCUUGUAUGGAAUUAUGUAGUUAUUUCCAAAGUUAACAGUUAUUCUGGACUUGAUCAGUAAUUUCUUUAAGAUUUCAAAAGAAACGAGAACUGAAUAACAUUUCCUAACAAACCAAGACGAUUCUUGAAAAAUAAUUGACACAUGGAUGAACACA